AUGCUACUAUACUCCCAAGGCAAUCAUGUUACCCACGAUCACGACAAUUCUUUAAAAUGCCAUUUGGUAGAUCGUUUCGCUGUGACACCAUUUCACGUCCUACUGUCGGGGGCAAACUGUAAACUUGAUCUUUUUCAAGUCUUGCUAGAUGCGUAUCCACCGAAUGUCUUUGGGUGGAAAGACGUGAACGAAAAGACUGCCAUUGAAUAUUACUGGCGACAGAGCCAUCAUCCGACUGAAGAUACACAAACCAUACUGCAAGUGACUAUUCAUCGAUGGAUGGUGGAUUCCAUAUCGAGUUGGAAGGCAUUAGAAGCAUGGAACACGGACAUGUCGGAUAAGGUGAAUGCGAUUCUUGCUCAGGAUGAAGAGGAGCAACGACAAUCCUAG